CAACCCGACGGUCAGUGUGUCUUAAUUGACAAGUGGAUUCGGUCUUUCAGCGCUGCUCCACGGGGUGGUGUCGACACAAGGCAACACCUGCAGCCAUUUUACCAUCCGAUGUCGUGAAUCAAAUCCAUCUCUGAGCAGCCCGUCUGCACCCUUGAAUCCAGCAGGUCAAAAAUGGUAAAAAGAAAGAGCUUGGAUGACAGUGACCAGGAAAACUGUCGGGGGGUUCCGUUUCCGAUCCAAACCUUCCUAUGGAGACAGACCAGCGCGUUUUUACGGCCGAAGUUAGGGAAGCAGUAUGAAGCGUCCUGUGUGUCAUUUGAGCGGGUGCUGGUGGAGAACAAACUCCACGGGCUCUCUCCAGCCCUCACUGAAGCCAUCCAGAGCAUCUCUCGCUGGGAGCUGGUCCAGGCUGCUCUGCCUCAUGUUCUCCACUGCACUGCCAUCCUUCUCUCCAACCGCAACAAGCUGGGACACCAGGAUAAACUCGGGGUAGCUGAAACGAAACUCCUUCACACUCUACAUUGGAUGCUUCUGGAGGCGGCCCAGGAGUGCCACCAGGAGCCUGGCCUGGGACACGGCUGGUCUGGGGGCAGCAGUGGUAGCAGUAGUGCCUACCUUCAGCCCAUGGGGAACCAGGGUCUCACAGACCACAAUGGCAGCACAACUGAAGAGAAUGAAUAUGCCCGUGCCAAACUCUACCACAAGAACAUGGCCACUGUGGAGCUCUUUGUGUUUCUCUUUGCCCCCCUCAUUAACCGGAUCAAGGAGUCUGACCUCACCUUUCGAUUGGCUGGUGGACUUGUUAUUUGGCAGCCAAUGUGGGAGCACCGUCAACCUGAUGUUCCUGCUUUUUCUGCCCUUGUCAAACCCAUGCGUAACAUUAUAACAGCAAAGAGGAAUUCUCCAGUGAAUAACCAGUGUAGUUCUCAUGAUACCAGUAACCCAUGCCCUGCCGUGGUAUGUGAAUCAGACCAGCCAGACUCCUCCUCCCCCUCGGUGACAGGACGGAGCUGUCGCCGUGGCAACUCUGUGGAGAAGGGAGGGUCCUCACAGCAGGCCUUUGAAAAAGGAUUUUCACAACCAAAGAAUUUCUCAGUCCCUGGUGGCAUCUCUGUAUCACAGCGAGCAAGGUAUGCCACCUAUUUUGAUGUUGCAGUGCUGCGUUGCUUGAUGCAGCCUUACUGGACAGAAGAGGGUGUGCAUUGGGCCCUCAUAUACUACCUGCAGCGGCUGCGUCAGAUACUGCAGGAGAAGCCUGAACGCCCCCCUGAACCCCUGAUACCCCCCUUACCACGGCCCCGCAGUAGUUCCAUGGUGGCUGCUACCCCUUCUUUGGUUAAUACUCACAAAACACAGGAUAUGACUCUAAAAUGUAAUGAGGAAAGCAGAUCUUUGAGCUCUGAGACCUUCUCCAAAGUGUCAGUUUCCAACCUGAGGAGACCAGCAGUCCCUGACCUCUCAACUGAGAUGGGCAUGAACUUAUUCAAAAAGUUUAAGAACCGUAAAGAUGAUCGAGAGAGAAAAGGCUCUAUCCCAUUCCACCAUACUGGAAAGAAACGCCAGCGUCGAAUGGGUGUGCCUUUCCUGAUGCACGAGGAUCACCUGGAUGUCUCACCAACACGCAGCACCUUCUCAUUCGGAAGCUUCUCUGGACUGGGAGAUGACCGGCGCACACUGGAACGUGGGGGUUGGCCUUCCACUAUCAUGGGGAAGUUAACACGUCGUGGAAGCUCAGAUACUACCGGAGAUGUGGACAGUCUUGGAGCAAAACAUUUUCACUCCCACCACAACUUGCCUGAACACUCCAACAGUCACAGUGACAAUACCAUCAAAGAGGGUGUUCGUUCCCAGAUCUCCACCAUCACCAUGGCUACAUUUAACACAACUGUGGCUUCCUUUAAUGUAGGCUAUACAGAUUUCUUCACAGAGCACAUUAAGAAACUGUGUAACCCCAUUCCCAUCCCUGAGAUGCCAUGUGAGCCGCUGGCCUGCUCCAACCUUCCCCGAAGUCUGACAGACUCCUGCAUCAAUUACACAUCGCUAGAGGACCGAGACAAUAUUGAGGGCACUAACAACUUCAUUCUGAAGAAUGGCAUGCUGGACCUCAUGGCUAUUUUGCGGGCCCUGUAUUCCGUACUCACCCAUGACAUCAGUUCUCGGAUUUGCGACGUGGCACUCAACAUCAUCGAAUGCCUCCUGCAGCUGGGGGUUGUGCCCAGUGUGAUUAAGAAACCCCCCAAACCUGAGGACAAAGAGGCAGAGCGUCCGAAGGAGGGAGCCAGUCAGAGUGUGGGUGGAGCUCAGGGGGAGGCGGCUGGAGGCACAGGAGCAGCACCUAAUGGAGGUGGUGGAGGAGAUGGAGGAGGAGGAGGUGGAGAGAGUCGUGGAGGAAGCAGAGAUGAUAUAAAGAAUAACAAGGACAACCAGGAUGGAGACACUUCACUCAGCACUCACAGGUUGGCUCUAACCAUGCUCAUCAAGAUCGUAAAAUCGCUCGGCUGUGCGUACGGUUGUGGUGAAGGCCAUCGUGGGCUUUCUGGAGACCGCCUUCGGAUGCAGGCGCAGAAUUGUUUGACUACUCUGUACAAGCUGGAUAAAGUGCAGUUCCGGCAGACUAUGAAAGAAUAUGUUAAUAAGGAUUCGCUCAACAACAUUGUGGAUUUCCUACAUGCCCUACUUGGCUUCUGCAUGGAGCCAAUCACUGACAAAUACGGCAGUGCAGGUGAGAGGUCCAGGAGGGCGAAUAAAAGAAACUUCGACAAGGCUGGCUUCGGGAACAACUUCACCACUGGAGGAGACAAGUCUCUGGCCCAAAGCAUGGAGACUGUGGUGGUGGGCUGCAUGUUCAAGUCUCUCAUCACAAGAUGUGCCUCCACUACACAUGAGCUUCACAGUUCUGAGAACCUGGGCCUGUAUUGUGACAUACGUCAGCUGGUUCAGUUUAUUAAGGAGUCCCAUGGAAAUGUCUUCCGACGUGUGGCUCUCAGUGCCCUUCUGGACAGCGCUGAAAAACUCAAUACCACUAAAAAAACAGACGACAAGGAGACCAAGUCAUCUUCAGCAAAAAAUGAGGAGCAAAUCCCAGGAGCGCUUUUAGGAAAGAAAGACUUUUGGAGGAAGAUGUUCAAAUCUCAGAGUGCCGCCAGUGAUACAAGCAGCCAAUCAGAGCAGGAUACGUCAGAGUGCACCACUGCCCACUCUGGUACUACCACAGACCGGCGUUCACGGUCACGUUCCCGACGGAUUUCACUACGCAAGAAACUCAAACUGCCCAUAGGAAACUGGCUAAAACGCUCCUCUCUCUCUGGUCUGGCUGAUGGGGUGGAAGACCUGCUGGACAUCAGCUCAGUGGACAGACUGUCCUUUAUCAGACAGAGCUCCAAGGUCAAGUUCACCAGUGCUGUGAAGCUGUCGGAGGGUAGCGCUAUCGAAUAUGGGCGAGAGGAAGAGGAGAAUUUCUUCAAGCGGCUCGGUAAAUGGCGGUCUGGUCGGAGGAACCCUUCCAAGCUUCACCACACAGAAGAGAAAGAUGGUUGCCAUGGAUUCCAGGAGCGUUUGGCUGCCAGUCAGGAGGCCAUGAAGAAUAAGAACAUUGUGAAUCUAGGUGCAAUCAGACAGGGCAUGAAGAGAUUUCAGUUCCUGUUGAACUGCUGUGAACCGGGAACCAUACCAGAUGCUUCGAUUUUAGCAGCAGCACUGGACCUGGAAGCACCCGUGGUGGCAAGGGCCUCGCUUUUCCUAGAGUGUGCUCGUUUUGUGCAUCGCUGUAACCGUGGUAACUGGCCAGAGUGGAUGAAAGGUCACCAUGUGAACAUCACUAAGAGAGGGCUGUCCAGAGGACGAUCGCCUAUAGCAGGAAACAAAAGAAACACAAAGCUCCAGUGGAACGCAGCCAAACACUUUUACCAGUGGGGAGAUGCAAUCGGCACUCGGCUGAGUGAAAUUUGCCACUCAGACACUGAGAGUCCAGCCAACAUCUUGGGUUUUAUCUAUGAUGAAGAGAGCAAGAGAAGAGCAAAAAAGGAGGACGAGGAAGAAGAUUAUCUGGAUGACAACACAGUCAACCCCACAAAGUGUGGAUGUCCCUUUUCUCUGAAGAUGGCUGCUUGUCAGCUGCUUCUGGAGAUCACCACUUUCCUGCGAGAGACCUUUCCCUGUCUUCCCAGACCCAGAACAGAGCCCCUUGUGGAUUUAGAGAGCUGUCGUUUGCGUCUGGACCCUGAGCUAGGCCGUCACCGCUAUGAGAGGAAGAUCAGCUUUGCAGGAAUCCUGGAUGAUGAAGAUGGACAAGACGAUUCUCUGAACAGCAGCAGCCACACCCUCAAGUCUGACACUGGCUGUGAGGAAAAGAAAUCAUCACAAGAGCCACUGGCUCCAAUUAGAAAGAUCCGUAUUGGUGGCUCUCGGUUGCUACAAAUUAAAGGAGCAAGGAGUUUCCGAGUAAAGAAAGGAGGCUCUUUAUCUUCUAUCCGCCGAGCAGGGAGUCUGAAAAGCACUAAGAUGUCCAGACAGGACUCUGAGUCUGAAAAUGAUGCAGAAUCAGAACGACUGCUCUCCCAGAGUAGAGAUACUGUCACUGAUAUAGGGAGCCCUUGGAGUGCUAGUGAGCCAAGCAUUGAACCUGAGGGUCCUGGCAGCACAGGGGGUCUGGAAGACAACUACCAUCGCAACAUGUCCUGGCUACAUAUUAUGAUUCUGCUGUGCAACCAGCAGAGUUUCAUCUGCACUCAUGUGGAUUUCUGCCACCCUCGCUGCUAUCAGCACCACAGCCGCUCAUGUUCUCGGCUCGUCCGUGCCAUCAAACUUCUAUACGGAGAGACAGUAGACAGUCUGAAAGAGAACAGCACUACCGGCAAUAUCAGUGGCCGCGCCAAGAAGAGCAAAGAGUGUUCAGACAAAUCCUGCCUCCGGACCCCAUCCAUGAAGAGACGCCCCACUGACAGCAGUGCUGAGGGGAAAAAAGACACUGGCAUGCUAAAGUACAUCCGCAACCAGGUAAUGAGUCUGUCUCCAGCCCCUUUGUCCUUGCUUAUAAAAGCAGCCCCUAUCCUGACUGAGGACAUGUAUGGAGACAUUUUGCCUGCAGCAUGGGAGCUCCUGCUGAGUGUGGAUGAACAUAUGGCUGCAGCUGCAGCUGCCCUGUUCCUGCUGUGCGCGGUGAAGGUGCCGGAUGGAGUGACCGAAAUGAUGAUGGCUGAGUUUCAGCAUCAGGAAGCAUGUCAGAGAAUUAACUCCAUUUUGAAAUUCUACACUGUCUGGAGAUUCCGGUACCAAGUUUGGCCUCGGAUGGAAGAGGGGGCUCAGCAGAUAUUUAAGAUUCCUCCACCCAGCAUUAACUUCACACUGCCCUCUCCUAUCCUGGGAAUGCCCUGUGUGCCUAUAUUUGACCCUCCAUGGGUUCCUGUUAAUGCAGGCACUGUUCCAGAUGCAAUCAGUGAAGAUCAGUUUAAAUCAUUCUCAGCACGAGCAGUAUCUCGCUCUCACCAACGGGCAGAACACAUCCUGAAAAACAUGCAGCAGGAGGAAGAGAAGAGGAGGCUCGGUCGUGAGGCCAGCAUCAUCACGGCCAUCCCUAUCGCUCAGGAGGCCUGCUAUGAGCCCACAUGUAGUCCACCACCUGAGCAGGAAGAGGAAGUAGAAGAUGUGGUGAACUUGACAUCACGUCGUCUGUCCGUCAGCCCCUCUUGUGCCUCCAGUAACUCCCACAGAAACUACUCCUUCCGCAGGGGCUCUGUGUGGUCAGUGCGGUCAGUGGUCAGUGCUGAAGAUGAUGAAAACACAACAGAACUCACACCAACACAUCACAUGCUGCAGCCACCCCAGUCUGUUUUCCCACCAUGCAUCUGUGCUGCUGUGUUGCCCAUUGUGCACCUGAUGGAAGAUGGAGAAGUUCGGGAGGAUGGAGUUGCAGUAUGUGCUGUUGCUCAGCAGGUUUUGUGGAACUGCCUGAUUGAAGAUCCAGCCUUGGUUCUUAGACAUUUCCUGGAGAAACUCACAGUCAGUAAUAGACAGGAUGAACUGAUGUACAUGCUGAGGAAACUGCUUCUUAACAUUGGGGAUUUGCCUGCACAGACCUCGCACAUUCUUUUCAACUAUCUGGUGGGCUUGAUCAUGUACUUUGUAAGGACUCCCUGUGAGUGGGGCAUGGAUGCCAUAUCAGCCACUUUGACCUUUCUGUGGGAGAUUGUGGGUUAUGUGGAGGGGCUGUUUUUUAAAGACCUUAAACAGACUAUGAAGAAAGAACAGUGUGAGGUCAAGCUUCUGGUUACUGCCUCCAUGCCAGGAACCAAAACCCUGGUGGUUCAUGGACAGAAUGAGUGUGACAUUCCCACCCAGUUACCAGUGCAUGAAGACACCCAGUUUGAAGCUCUUUUGAAGGAGUGUUUAGAAUUCUUCAAUAUUCCAGAGGCUCGAUCUGCCAACUAUUUUUUGAUGGAUAAGCGUUGGAACCUUAUACACUAUGCCAAGACCUAUGUGCGAGACAUCUACCCUUUCAGAAGAUCAGUGUCUCCUCAACUUAACCUGGUUCAUAUGCUUCCAGAGAAGGGCCAGGAGCUCAUUCAGAAACAGGUGUUUUCUAGAAAGUUGGAAGAGAUUGGCCGAGUUCUGUUCAUCAUCUCGCUUACCCAGCGUAUGCCUGCUAUGCACAAACAAUCCCACGUCUCCAUGCUUCAGGAAGACCUUCUGCGACUGCCGUCCUUCCCUCGCUCUGCCAUUGAUGCGGAGUUCACACUCUUCAAUGAGCCUCUAGGCAAAGAGCUCUUUGGUUUGGACACCUUACAGAAGGUCCUAUGGAUUAAACUGCUGGAGGAGAUGUUUCUGGGCAUGCCCAGUGAAUACCCUUGGGGUGAUGAGAUUAUGCUAUUUCUGAAUGUGUUUAACGGUGCCCUGCUCCUACACCCCGAGGACAGCGCCCUCCUCAGGCAAUACAGUGCCACUGCCAUCAACACAGCUGUACACUUCAACCACCUCUUCUCCCUCAGUGGCUAUCAAUGGAUCCUUCCUACGAUGCUCCAGACAUACGCAGAUUAUGAGAGUAACCCACUGUUGCGUCGAGGGAUUGAAUUCUGCUGCAGGCAGUUCUAUAUUCUCCAUCGCAAACCUUUCAUAUUGCAGCUCUUCGCUAGUGUGGCCCCACUGCUGGAGUUCACUACUCGCACUAGUACUGGUUUAUCGAAAGGAGUGUCUUCACAGUGUCUUUUUGACCUGCUGGUAUCUUUGGAGGGAGAGACUGCAGAUUCCCUGGAUGCUCUGGAGCUGGUGAAGGCUGAGAAACCUCUCCGCUCUCUGGAUUUUUGCUAUGGUAAUGAGGACCUGGCCUUUUCAAUCAGUGAAGCCAUAAAGCUCUGUGUCACAGUGGUUGCUUAUGCACCAGAGUCCUACCGCAGUUUGCAGAUGCUGAUGGUUCUUGAGGCUUUGGUUCCGUGUUACCUGCAGAAGAUGAAGGGUAACACACAGACUCUGGAGUCAGCGUCUGCAGCGAGGGAUGAGAUCGCUGCCAUAGCUGCUCUGGCCACUUCUCUGCAGGCUCUGCUCUACAGCGUGGAGUCAUUGACACGACCUAUGACUGCACCUCAGAUGAGUCGAUGUGAUCAAGGCCACAAGGGAGCAACUACAGCCAACCACGCCAUGUCUGGAGGACCAAACACCAGGGAUAACCUGCACCUGCUGGAGGAGGGUCAGGGUAUAUUGAGGGAGGAACUGGAUGAGCGUAUCACCCGUGAAGAGUUCCGUCGCCCCCGUGAGUCUCUGCUUAACAUCUGCACAGAGUUUUACAAGCACUGUGGUCCACGCCUCAAAAUCCUGCAGAAUGUGGCAGGAGAACCCAGAGUCACUGCUCUAGAGCUGCUGGAUAUCAAGUCUCAUAUGAGAUUGGCAGAAAUCGCCCACUCCCUUCUUAAAUUGGCCCCAUAUGACACGUUGACCAUGGAAAGCAGAGGACUGCGCCGCUACAUCACAGAAAUGUUACCCAUCACCGAUUGGUCGGCAGAGGCAAUUCGUCCCGCCCUCAUCCUCAUUCUGAAGAGGCUGGAUCGCAUGUUUAACAAGAUUCAUAAGAUGCCCACACUCAGGCGGCAGGUGGAGUGGGAGGCAGCUAGCAGUCUGAUUGAAGGGAUUUGUUUGACACUUCAUCGGCAGCCAAUCAUUUCCUUCCUCCCUCACCUGCGAUCUCUAAUCAAUGUUUGUGUCAACCUGGUGAUGGGGGUUGUGGGGCCAUCUAGUGUGGCAGAUGGACUUCCCUUGUUGCAUCUGAGUCCAUACCUGUCUCCUCCUCUUCCCUUCAGUACAGCAGUUGUGCGUUUGGUUGCCAUGCAGAUCCAGGCUUUAAAGGAUGACUUCCCACUCAGUCAUGUGAUCUCCCCCUUCACCAAUCAGGAGAGACGAGAGGGGAUGCUGCUUAAUCUCUUGAUUCCAUUUGUAUUGACUGUGGGCUCAGGGAGUAAAGACAGCCCUCAUCUGGAGCAGCCAGAGGUAUUUCUACUUUUGCAGACAGUCAUUAACAUCCUGUUACCUCCGCGCAUUAUCAGCACUUCCCGCAGUAAGAACUUUGUUCUGGAUGCAUCCCCUGCCCACUGCUCCACCCCAGGGGACACUGGGAAAGAUCUGCGUAGAGAGGGACUGGCUGAGUCCACCAGCCAAGCAGCUUAUCUUGCUCUGAAGGUGGUCUUAGUCUGCUUUGAGCGACAGUUGGGUAAUCAAUGGUACAAGCUGAGUCUGCAGGUCAAGGAAAUGGCCCUGCGUAAAGUCGGUGGUCUGGCUUUCUGGGAUUUUAUUGACUUCAUAGUGCGCACAAGAAUUCCAAUCUUUAUUCUAUUGCGCCCCUUCAUACAAUGCAAGCUGUUGACCCAACCAGCUGAGUCUCAGGAGGAGAUCACGGCCCGUCACCAUAUUGCAGAGCAACUAGAGCGUCGUUUCAUCCCACGGUCCCUCUGUAAGAGCUCUCUGUUUGCUGAGUUCAGCAACGAGCUCAAGAUCCUGAAAGAGGCUGUGCAUAGUGGCUCCGCAUACCAAGGAAAGACUUCCAUCAGUACUGUUGGCACGUCCACCUCUGCAUACAGGUUGAGUCUGGCCACCAUGUCCCGCUCCAACACCGGUACAGGAACUGUCUGGGAGCAGGAGAGCCAACCCUCACGCCAGCCCUCACAGGACACACUCAGUCGUACCGAUGAGGAGGAGGAGGAAAAUGACUCCAUCAGCGUCCCCAGCGUGGUAAGUGAGCACGAAGCUUUCCUCCCCAGGCUCAUUUCCCAGCGGCGUUUCUCCAGUCACGCCACAGGGUCGGCUGCCACUCAGCCUGAACCAGGCAUGAGCACCAUGCUGCCCAGUCACAGUGAACCCAAUGUGCUAGAUGAAUCCCAGGGGCUUCUGGAGGAGGGUAACCUGUCUAGGGUUGCCAGCGUGCAGAGUGAACCAGGACAGCAGAAUCUGCUAAUCCAGCCACCUCUCGGUCGUAAAAGAGGACUUAGGCAGCUACGGCGACCCCUGCUGUCUAUACAGAGGGUGCAGGACGAGUCUCGUGGACGUCAGGGAGCCAGACUCUCAACAACCCGCAGGAGCAUUCAGCCUAAGAUUCAUGGUGACCAAAAGAGGUCUGUCACUUUCACUGAGACCCAGCAGGAACCGGCUGCCAGAUCUCCAACUGCCACUCCCAGCCACAGCAGCGGCUUACCAGGGGUCACAGAGGGCGGGAAGCUGAGCCAUGCUCCUUCAGAGUCCUCAUCACCUAGCAUCAAAACUGCCCAGCACAAACCAGCGUGGCCACAGUAUGAGAAUAAAGACAGGAAAGAUCAGGGGAGUGUACGGAGCAGUCUUUCUCCAACCCCUUCUGCUGCCUCUAGCUCCACUUCUAGAGCCUGCUCCCCUCUUCCUCCUUCCCUUCCCAUCCUGAGUACACCGUCCCGACUGGCCCCAACCCAGAUCAGAGAAAGCCCCGAGGACGAAGAGACCACGGGGCUUCUGCAAAACACGGACACCUCCCCUAGUGUAGGAGAGGACCGUGGCAUGGAGAACCCACUCCUGACCUCGCUGCUCACACCCCACGCUCUCUCUCCGCUCCCCCUGUCCCCUGUUGACCUGGAUCUGGACGAGUCUCACGUGUGAGAAUGUCCAGCUUCAGGAUACUGUGCUAGUUAAACAGGAAGUGGAAAAAAGAAAUCCUGAUCAGAUCAGAUUUCUUGAAUAACUUUAAUUGUGUCAAUUUAAGCUAUCAUGGGAUAUCCUUUGCAAUUAAUAAGACACAUUUAUGAAGCACUGUGCAUAAUUCUACACACCAAUGAAGGUAAAUAAGGUUAAUGUACUAUUCAGUCUUUAGUGAGAUAAAUUAUGUAAUUUUAAAUCAAUUAAGAUGAGCAUUUUGUGAAAAUUAUAACUACAAAAACUCAUUAUAUAGAUGUAUUCUAAAUAUUUGUCAUCUGUUAAAGAAUUAUUUUAGAGGAUUAUAUAAAAAUAGAUAUUUAGAAUAAAUAUUAUAAAUGCUUUAUUUUCAGAAAUAUAAAGAUGCUUGUAUAAUAUUGUUGCCAAAUAUUUGUUUGCAAAGACAAAUACAAAGCACCUGCCAAAUAUUCAGUGGGAACAAAAUAAGAAAAAAACUGAUUAAUGUAUUACAUAUUGAAAUAAAUAUAUAUAA